AUAAGAAAAAAAGCAAACGCGUCAGAGAUGUAACAUUCUCUUUCCAUAUCUGUUGUGUUCAAUUCGCUUCACUUCCUGUGUCUCGUAAUCGCGAGAAACGCGACUUUAACGGGUUUAAAGUGGCACGUUCCGCUAACGUGACGUCAUGACAGUGGAACUAGUUUGAAGAAGUCUCGUCGUGUCGGUUCUCGCUCGGGCUGAACUACGGCGGGAGGGAGGAGCCGCUUCCGCACCGCACGCGCUACAAGUGCUCGUUUUCACCCCCGAGAGCCUCCAGCGGUCCCCGGCACUCACCUCGGUAAACUCCGGUAAAAGCGACUGAAAUGUACCGGUACUUCGGAGGGCGGCUCUCCCGGGCAGCGGGCAGCGUCCUGGCUUCGGGUGUCUCCGCCGCCGACUCGGCUCUCCCCGCGUCCGCCUCCCUGCUGCGGCACCGCGGCUACAGCCAGGCCGCGGAUCGGGACGACGACCCGAACUUCUUCGCCAUGGUGGAGGGCUUCUUCGACCGCGGCGCCGCCAUGGUGGAGGACCAGCUGGUGGAGGGCCUGAGGAACCGGGAGAGCCCGGAGCAGAAGAGGAAGCGGGUCCGCGGGAUCCUGCGCAUCAUCAAGCCGUGUAACCACGUCCUGAGCGUCUGCUUCCCCAUCAAGAAGGACAACGGCGAGUGGGAGGUGAUCGAGGGCUACCGGGCCCAGCACAGCCAGCACCGGACACCCUGCAAGGGAGGGAUCCGGUACAGCAGCGACGUGUCUGUGGACGAGGUGAAAGCUUUGGCCUCGCUCAUGACCUACAAGUGUGCUGUAGUCGAUGUUCCGUUUGGUGGAGCCAAAGCUGGAGUGAAGAUCAACCCGAGGAACUACUCUGACAACGAGCUGGAGAAAAUAACCCGGAGGUUCACCAUCGAGCUCGCCAAGAAGGGCUUCAUCGGACCCGGCAUCGACGUUCCUGCUCCCGACAUGAGCACCGGGGAGAGGGAGAUGUCCUGGAUCGCAGACACCUACGCCACCACGCUGGGCCACAACGAUAUCAACGCCUACGCCUGCGUCACCGGGAAGCCCAUCAGCCAGGGGGGGAUCCACGGCCGCAUCUCCGCCACCGGCCGGGGGGUUUUCCACGGCAUCGAGAACUUCAUCAACGAGGCGGCUUACAUGAGCCAGCUGGGUCUGAGCCCCGGCUUCCAGGACAAGACCUUCAUCAUCCAGGGUUUGGGUAACGUGGGUCUUCACUCCAUGCGCUACCUUCACCGCUCGGGGGCAAAGUGCGUCGGCAUCGGGGAGAUGGACGGAAACAUCUGGAACCCCAACGGCAUCGACCCCAAAGAGCUGGAGGACUACAAACUGGAGCACGGGACCAUCGUCGGGUUCCCCAACGCAGCUCCGUACGAAGGACGCAUCCUGGAGGCGGACUGUGACAUCCUGAUCCCAGCGGCCAGCGAGAAGCAGCUGACCAAGAGCAACGCCCACCAGAUCAAGGCCAAGAUCAUCGCAGAGGGAGCCAACGGCCCGACGACGCCUGAAGCCGACCGCAUCUUCCUGGAGAGAAACGUCCUGGUGAUCCCGGACAUGUACCUGAAUGCGGGCGGGGUGACGGUGUCGUACUUCGAGUGGUUGAAGAAUCUGAACCACGUCAGUUACGGCCGGCUCACCUUCAAAUACGAGCGAGACUCAAACUACCACCUGCUGAUGUCUGUUCAGGAGAGUCUGGAGAGGAAGUUUGGGAAGCAUGGCGGCGCCAUCCCCAUCGUCCCCACCUCCGAGUUCCAGGCGCGGGUCGCUGGAGCUUCUGAGAAAGACAUCGUCCACUCUGGGUUAGCUUUCACCAUGGAGCGCUCUGCCAGGCAAAUCAUGAGGACAGCCAACAAGUACAACCUCGGUCUGGACUUGAGGACGGCGGCGUACGUCAACGCCAUCGAGAAGGUCUUCAAGGUGUACAACGAGGCCGGCCUCAUCUUGACCUAAAGACGCGUCUCUACUCGUCUCCUGAGCCUCUGGAGGACGUCUUCAACACAAAGUCCAGUGUUUACAGCUCUUUGAAUGUAUCUCUGUCGCCUCCUUCUUCAACCAAAGAACCUUCUGGUUUCACAGCUUUCGUCUUGUUUUUCUGACUCUGGGACCUGAACAUAAAGCCAUUGUUUGGAUUAUUGAUCUAUAUAGAUAUGUAAUCAGUGGUGAUUGAUCAAUAUCUGAUCUCAUGUGUCCACUUGGUGAAUGUUGUUACUCCUUGUGUUUACGUGGGACUGUUAAAGGGUUAUUAUGGGAUGUUGCCGUGUGUCACUUCAGUUAUGAUCUUGUAUCUUAUGUGUAACAUAAAGAGAGGAGACGAAUAAGCACUGAGCUACAAAUGAGGUCACAAGAGCCGCGUUGCCGUGACAACCGGUGUCAGCUUUUUAUCAUUUUCAUAAUCUAAAAGAUGUGAAAUGUGUCUCCUGAUCCCUUUGUCUUUUGGGACUAAAUCAAUUUUUACAACAAACGCGUUAAACAAUUUCUUUCUUUUUUUUUUAGGUCAGAAAUAAAUUAUUUUCAAGAAAAAAGUUAAGAAAAAACAAAUCUAUUUUUGAAUAUUCUUAAACGAGCUUUAAUCCCUGCAGUAACUUCAUAUUUUGUAUUUUUGAUUUCACUAACGUUUGCGUUGCCACGGUGACGCUGUGUUUCUCUUCGUCAGCUCUCGUUUGUUAAUCUUUUUUUAUGCCUCUAUUCAAAUGUUACAGCAGAAAUAAAGCACAAAUAAAAGUCACAUGGUCAAGUGUU